AUGGCAUUCUCUGCAAGUCAUAGCAAUUCACCGAUCCUCCUGAAGAAUCCCAUUAACGAUUUCAAAAAUCUCGUUAAAAUCCCAUCUGGGCACUUGAAAUUUUUUCCUAGGAAUACCCAAGCCCCAGUCCAUGCUACAAAAUCAGCUUUGGUGCAGCCAUUCACAUCUGAAGAAUCAAACUCCAAGUCGAUAGACAUGCCUUUACCCAUAUUCCAGUUUGAAGAAUACAUGACCAUGAAGGCAAAACAAGUUAACAGAGCACUCGAUGAGGCAGUGCCCUUGCAACUUCCGGUAAAAGUACAUGAAGCUAUGAGAUACUCUCUUCUCGCCGGCGGCAAGCGUGUCCGCCCAGUUUUAUGCAUUGCCUCAUGUGAAUUAGUGGGAGGAGAUGAAUCCUCAGCUAUGCCAAUCGCUUGUGCGCUAGAGAUGAUUCAUACGAUGUCGUUAAUUCACGAUGAUCUCCCGUGCAUGGACAAUGAUGAUCUUCGACGAGGAAAGCCGACAAAUCACAUAGUUUUUGGUGAAGAUACCGCAAUUCUUGCUGGUGAUGCUCUCCUCACCCUUGCCUUUGAACAUGUAGCGGCCAAGACGUUCAAUGUUUCACCUGACCGCGUGGUUCAAGCCAUUGCCGAACUAGGUUCAGCCGUUGGCUCAAAAGGGCUUGUGGCAGGGCAAAUUGUGGACAUUGACAGUGAAGGGAAAAAUGUGAGUUUGGCCGAAUUGGAAUACAUUCAUGUGCACAAAACUGCAAAGCUUUUGGAGGCAUCGGUGGUUUGCGGAGCAAUAAUGGGAGGAGGAAACAUGAUUGAUAUAGAAAGAGUUAGAAACUAUGCAAGGUGUAUAGGGUUGCUAUUUCAAGUUGUGGAUGAUAUAUUGGAUGUUACGAAGUCGUCUGCUGAAUUGGGGAAGACGGCUGGGAAGGAUUUGGUGAGCGAUAAGGCUACAUAUCCGAAGUUGAUGGGCAUCGACAAUGCUAAGAAACUUGCCACUGAACUGGUGGCUCAAGCCAUUGAAGAGCUUGCCUAUUUUGAAGAUGCCAGGGCUGCCCCAUUGUACCAUUUAGCUAACUAUAUUGCUAGUCGACAAAAUUAAUAAGUAAAAGUUGUAUUUCAUGUUGUUCUCUUCUUAUUUGAUUUGUAUGAUGACAAAUUAAAAUUUGUAUACAUGUCAUCGUUUGUCUGAUUAGAGUUUGAACUCUGGCUCCUGAACCUGAAGUAACACAAACAAUAAAAUUGG